UGCUGCGCAUGCCCACUCAUCAUCUUCUCGCACUUAGCCGUUCGGCGAUACUUACACAUCGUGCUGAUUGUACACAAAAAUAAUUUUUACUGAGGAUGGAUUUAGUAGAUGGAGAAUCGAGUGUAAGUCAGGAAGCCGUCGUGUCCCCGGGAAUCCACGAUAAGGUUGAUUUAAAAGCCAAGAUGGCAAGCAGUGAAGUAAAUCAUGCCAAUCACGCUGAGCAGAAUGGACAUGCAACUCUACCGAUGAUCAAAGAUGAAGAUAAGCACAAGAGCUCUAAGCAUUCCUCUAGCUCUAAGCAUGGCUCUUCAUCCUCAAAGCACUCAAGCAGCAGUUCCAGCAAACACCAUAGUAGCUCAAGCUCAUCCAGCAAACACAAAGAGAGCAGUAGUUCUGGUUCCAGCAAACACAAAGAUAAGGAGAGGAGCAGCUCAAGCUCAAAGGAUAAGAGCUCAAGCAGUAAGCAUUCCAGCUCAUCUCACAAGUCCAGCUCAAGCAGCAACCAUAAAGAAGGUAGUUCUAGUAGCCACAAGGAGGGGAGUUCAAAGGAGAAAAGUUCAAGCAGCAGCAAGGAGCGGGGUUCCAGCAGCCACAAAGAGGGCUCGAGCAAGCACAGCUCAUCAAGCAGUCACAAGCACAGCUCGUCUUCAAGCAGCCACAAGCAUAAGGACGGGAGCAGCUCUAAGCACAGCUCUUCAUCUUCAGAGCAAAAGCAUAAAGAGAGAACAAAAGAGGAGGUUGAAAAGGUAAAGGUUAAGUCUGAGCCAUCUUCCCCAAUAAAGUCGCCAGUACGGGAAAAAUCUCCUAGCAAGUCCCCCAGCAAGAAGGAGUCCUCACCUGUUAAACACGUCAAAGAAGAGGAGAUGAGUGAUGAUGAAAUACCUUUGGCUACUAGGAUAAAGAAGGAACAGCCCCCAGAGAAGAGACCACAUGAAUCUGACGAUGACGAUGAUGAACCCCUUUCAGCAAGAAUUGAAAAAGAGAAGAAAAAGAUAAAGAAAGAAGCAAAAGUAGAAAAGCCCAGCAGUGCAAAAAAGAGGAAAACUAGUGACUUUGAUGAUGAGGUUCCUAAGAAGAAGAAGAAGAAGGUGAAGACUGAAAGUGGAAAACAAGAAAACAAAUCGCCCUCCAAGAAAGUGAAGGAGGAGGAGACACAUGAAGUUUGGAGAUGGUGGGAGGAGGAACGUAGGGAUGACGGAGUGAAGUGGCAUUCACUGGAACACAAAGGACCAUUAUUUGCCCCUGAUUAUGAACCACUGCCAGACGACAUCAAAUUUUACUAUGAAGGUAAAGUGUUUAGAUUGUCGGAGCCUGCAGAAGAAGUGGCCACUUUUUACGCCAAGAUGUUGGAGCAUGAUUACACCACCAAGGACGUCUUUAACAAGAACUUCAUGAAAGACUGGAGAAAGACAAUGACAUCUGAAGAGAGGGAUUUGAUCAAGGAUUUGAAGAAGUGCAACUUUAAGGAAAUGGCCGAGUAUUUCAAGCUCAAGUCUGAGGAAAGAAAAAAUCGCUCUAAAGAAGAAAAAAAGGCUGAGAAAUUGAAAAAUGAAGAAAUUCAGAAGGAGUAUGGAUUUUGUACAAUGGAUAACCACAAGGAGAAGAUUGGUAACUUUAGGAUAGAACCUCCCGGUCUCUUCCGAGGUCGAGGGGACCACCCCAAGCAGGGCAUGCUGAAGACAAGGACCCUCCCCGAGGACGUUAUCAUCAACUGUAGCAAGGGUUCAAAAAUACCUAGCCCUCCACCUGGACAUAAAUGGAAAGAAGUGCGACAUGACAACAAGGUGUCUUGGCUUGCCUGCUGGAAUGAAAAUAUCCAAGGGAGUACUAAGUAUGUCAUGUUGAAUGCAGCCUCCAGACUAAAGGGAGAGAAAGAUUGGCAGAAGUAUGAGACAGCUAGAAGACUACAUAAAUGUGUGGACAAGAUUCGAGCCCAGUACAGAGAGGACUGGAAGUCCAAGGAAAUGAGGAUCAGACAGAGAGCUGUGGCUCUAUACUUCAUUGAUAAGCUUGCCUUGAGAGCUGGUAAUGAAAAAGAAGAAGGCGAGACCGCAGACACUGUGGGUUGCUGUUCUCUAAGGAAGGAGCAUUUAAACCUCCAUGAGAAGUAUGAUGACCAGGAGUAUGUGGUAGAGUUUGAUUUCCUGGGUAAGGACUCCAUCCGAUACUACAACAGAAUUCCCGUGGAGAAAAGAGUCUUCAAAAAUCUGCAGCUCUUCAUGGAAAACAAAGCAGGAGAUGAUGAUGUCUUUGAUCGUCUUAAUACCACUAUUUUGAACAAACAUCUUCAGGAACUGAUGGAAGGCCUUACAGCUAAAGUUUUCAGGACGUAUAACGCUUCACGAACGCUGCAAGAGCAGCUCAAUAUCUUGACAGAAGCUGAUGAUGGUGUGGCGGCUAAGUUACUGUCCUACAAUCGAGCUAACCGUGCUGUCGCCAUCCUGUGUAACCAUCAGAGGGCCGCCCCCAAAAACUUUGGUAAACAGAUGGAGAACUUACAGAACAAGAUUGAGGAUAAGAAAGCCGCCAUUAAGGAAGCCAAGAAGAAUGUGAAGGAUGCCAAGGCCGACUACAAGGCCACCAAGACAGAGAAGGCUAAACAGGCUCUGACAAAAAGGAAGACCCAGUUGGAGAGAUUGGAAGAACAACUGACAAAGCUGGAGGUUCAGGCCACAGACAAGGAAGAAAAUAAAGAAAUAGCCCUUGGAACCUCCAAACUUAACUAUCUGGAUCCCAGAAUUUCUGUUGCAUGGUGCAAAAAAUGGGAGGUCCCUGUAGAAAAAAUCUACAACAAAACCCAGCGUGAGAAGUUUAGGUGGGCUAUAGACAUGGCGGAAGCUGACUAUGAAUUUUAACAACAGUGAUGCAUUAGCUGAAGGAAGAAUUCUUUAUUAUGGAUACAAUGGGCAUGACUGUAUUAGACAUUAUCUGAUGCAGAUACUAAUGUGUACUUGAUGCAAAUGAUUAAUUGGAUAUUGUGCCAGAUAAACUUUAUAGAUUAUUCCAUUGAAAGAAAUAUAGUCAUCAGAUCUUGUUAAUGAAGAAAGAAUUGUAUAAAUUACAUUUUUGUAAUAUAAGCAUUUCUGUAGAUUUAUAGGAAAGUAUUAAUUUAUGGUCUACAAGACUUGUAUAUUUGCAUCCUUCUAAAUAGUUUGACAGAAUGUUAAGUAUGCUGCAUGUUUUAAAUUAUGAAUAUUUUAAAUCAGUUUUGUCAAUGAAUAGAAGGCAUUUUAAUCAUGAAUUGAAUCCUGAUUGCUAAUUUCAUCAUGUUUUACUGUAUAUUUUUAAAAGAACAGAAGAAUGAAAUGUGUGUUAGUGUGUUACACAAAAUAAAACAAUUUUUGCUGUAUUAGGUAUAGUAGGCUCUUGUCAUUAUAAAAUGAUGCAUAUUUUCUGAAAUCAUUACUGAAGUCUAAUUUUAUUUUUUUUUCUUAGUUGUUCCCUUUUAAAAACUUCUUUUUAGGAUUUUAGAUUUAAAUGUGUAAGAAGACAAACAUUUAUUAAAAGAACAUAACUAAUGACUGUAUGGUGCCAGCCAUUUUAAGUAUGGUGUGAAUUAUGUACACUGCAGUAAUAUUUAACUUCAUAUUGCUUAAAGAAAAAACAGGAAUAUAAAGUCAUUAUUAGCAAUCUCACCAUUGUAAACAGGCUAUACUUUCUCUGUACAUAGAUAUAGCAGCAUGGUUUAACUUUUAAUGGAAGUCCUUUACUUUGUAGCAUGUAUUAAAGUUAUAGAUAAUGUGGUAAAAAUUUUGAUAGUAAAUAUUUUUUUUAUCAAAUAUGCAUGUCAACAAUUUUGAAAAAUAACUUUACUUACAGUUGUAACUUUGAAUGAAAGAUUAGUUUGCUCACAAUCUCUACUUCUGCAGUGGGAUUGGUUUGAAAAUAUUUUUUAUUCUUUUUUUUUAAAAAAAGAUUCCUGUAAUAUUUUUUAUUUCAAAAUAUUCAUCAGAUAACUUCUGUUCAAAAUGUUCAUUAAAGAACUGUAUAUAUAACAAAGAGCAACAAAGUGCCUGACAACAUAGGAGAGUUAUGGUCCUUUAUUAGUCUACCUCACGUCUGGCACUUAUUUUAUGUUUAUAACACAACAUAUCUGUCAUAAAUGUCAAAGUUUUGCAUGUCACAGUAGAUGCUUUUAGUCUUUCAUUUACACAUAUUUUAUUCCAAACACCGAAGACAUUUGCCUUUUCAUGUAUCAGCAUGUAAAAAUAGAUCUCAUAAGUUCAAAAAAAUAUUUCUCAAACAUAAAUUGUAAAUUAGAAGUUGGUAGGUUGUGUCUAUUGAUUGAAGAGAAAUCCUUAUCAAAUUCCACGGUAUUUUUUUUUUGAUAUUCCAUUACGUCUUGUAAAUCGGUAUCAUUCUGUGAUGUGUUGACAAGCUACGUUAUAUCUGUGUGAUACAUUUGUUUUUGAGCUGUUUUGUCGUUAUCAGAUGAAAUGUACACAACCAAUAAAAUAUCAGACAUCUUGUUAUUACUGUCCAAAUAAACUUGGUAUGAAUA